AUGUCACAAGGAGAACAACAUUUCAUAGUUGAUGAUAAUGAUGAUCAAAAUAAACAUAAUAUCCAUUUACAAAUAGCAACUCCGAAAUCACCAAAUUCUGAUGGGUUUUCACCAACUGAAAUAAGAGAUGAUCAUCAAAUUGAUUCAUUAGGUCAUGAAUUAAAGACAAAUCUUUCAAAUCAAAUAGAUAUUGAAAUAUUGCUAAAGCAUAGAGAAUAUAAUUUGGUUAAUAAUGAAAUAUCCAAGAUACAAACUCAAUUAGAUACAAUGAAAAAAUUACAUAGUGAUCCUUCAUAUGUUAAAUAUAUUGAAAAUUUAAUUGAUUUGAAAAAAAAUACUCAAAAACAAUAUCAAUCUUCAAUAAAUCCUUAUGAUCAAUCAGAAAUGAUUACAAGAAGACAAUCAAAUUAUGGUAUAAGGAAAAAUUAUGGUGAUGAAUAUGAUAAUAAACCAAAUAUUCCACAUAGAACUUCAUAUGGUGGAUUAAGACCUGUUCUGGAUUCAAAUGGUAAUAAAAUUUGUGUUCAUAAAAGAUCAGAUGGUGUUAUAGUUAAAGUUGAAUGUCCAAAUUGUGCAAGGUGUGAUUUUGGUUCAGCUCAAGGGUUUUUAAAUCAUGCAAGAUUAUCACAUCAAGUUGAAUAUAAAUCUCAAGAUCAUGCUGCAUUAGUUUGUGGUAGUGUAUUACCAGAUGAUGAACAAGAUGAAAUUGGAUUACAAUCUGUUAAGAAAUUAAAAGAACUGGGUUUAGAUCCUGAUAAUAAUUUAAAUCCUGAAAUUUUAAAUAAUUUAAAUUCUGAUGAUCUUAAUGCCCCACAAAAGAAAAAAUUGAAGAGAUCUUUAUCAAUUUCUAAACCAUCAUUAAAUUCAGGUUAUUUAGAAAAAUUAUAUAAUAAUAAUAAAAAUGGGAAUGAAGGUGAUCAAAAUUUUAAAGAUUUAUAUAAAGAUGUUACCACAAGAACAGAAUUAGAAUUUGAUAUUAUUGAUGAUGAUAUAUCAACCCCACCAAUUUCUCAAGAUUCAACAAUUGAAAGUUCAUUUAAGAAAGGUCAUAAUAGAAGGAAAAGUCGUGGUGGAUUAUCAGCAGUUAAAUUUGAAGAUCAAUUAAUAUCAUCAAAUUCAAUUGAAUAUUCACAUUCAAGAUCACCAUCAAAAGAUGAAGGUAUAAGUGAAUAUAUUUUAGAAGAUUCCAUUACAAGUUCAAAUUCAGUUAGAUUUUCAGAACAAAAUUAUACAUUUGGUUCAGAUCCAAUAUUUGGUGGUGGUGGGUUAAAUGGGAAUGAUUUAACACCAGCUCAAAGAAGAAGAGUACCUACAAUUCCGAAUCCUUUAAGAACUAGAAGUAGAUCUUCAAGAGAGAAUUCAAAUUAA